AUGUUGCUUAGUCUUGUCCAUCCACUUCUAUGGGGUAGCACCCUGCUCUUUACUUCUGGUGCCGCAGCUUCUCAGGCACUCUCUCGUUGCUCCACCAAUGGCAUCAAUUUGCCUUCGACCCCUGGAUUGAUAGUCUCAUCCACAUCGAUUCAGCCAGUGAUCGAUUAUUCCAUCUUGGGCCAGACAGCAAACCCAGAAGUGGAACAAAAUGUAACCAUCAGCUUCUGCAACAUAACGAUCAACUACGGUCAUCAGGGAUGGAAGGACGAUGUGCAGGUUACCAUAUGGCUUCCCCUUGAUAACUGGAACGAACGUUUAAGCGGCAUUGGCGGUGCUGGGUUCUCUUCACUUUAUACCUUUAACCGCUUCGCCCCGGCCAUCUCGCGCGGUUAUGCUGCAGUCGGGACAGACGCAGGCCAUGAUCACAAUCCCCUGAAUACUUCCACUUGGGCCCUCGAUGCUCAGGGAAAUGUCAAUUUUUACCUCCUCCAGAACUUCUUCGCUAUUUCUCAAGCCGAAGCCGCAAUUAUGGCAAAGCAAGUCAUCAGUGCCUUUUAUGGCCGCGAACCCAAGUUUUCUUACUGGGACGGUUGCUCGACAGGUGGCCGUCAGGGGUUUAUGUUAGCUCAACGGUAUCCAGACCUGUAUGAUGGCAUUCUUGCUGGAGCACCAGCCUUCAACUGGGCAAAUUUCGUACCCGGAACCUACUACCCCCAGUUUGUCAUGAACCAGCUGAAGCACUAUCCGGCGCCUUGCGUGCUUGAAUACAUCAACACCCAGGCAAAGAAAGCCUGUGACUCGUUGGAUGGUGUCACGGAUGGCAUUGUAUCUUCACCUGAUUCGUGCACAUUUGAUCCAUACUCAGUUGUCGGUCACACUGGUACCUGCAACGGCCAGCAUUUCAGCAUUACCACCCAAGACGCUGAGAUUGUUCAAAAGGUCUGGCAUGGUACCACAGGUACCAAUGGGACUUUCCUUUGGUACGGUAUGAAUAAGGGCACCACUUUCUCUAAUGUGGGCAACACAACAUGCACUGCAACAGAGUGCCAGGGUGUCCCAUUCGGAGUCGCUUCGGAAUGGCUCGGACGUUUUGUUUUGCAAGACCCCGAAUUCGACCUUACCAGUCUGUCGGAAUCAGGAUUUGAGGGUGUCUUCAAACAAUCUGUUGCUGCAUACAAGUCUGUUGCCAGCACCGACGAUCCAAACUUGAGUGGCUUCCGUGAGGCGGGUGGUAAAUUGAUUCAUUGGCACGGAUUGGCAGAUCAACAAAUCUAUCCCAAAGGAUCUGAAGACUAUUACAAACGUGCCGAAGCACUGGAUCAUGAUCUACGGCACUUUUAUCGCUUUUUUGAGGCCCCUGGAGUUGGUCAUUGCGGUCAUGGAUAUGACAGUCAUGCAUAUGGACUGCAACCGGCAGAUCCCUUCUCCGUCCUGGUCAACUGGGUUGAAAAAGGCAUUGCCCCUGAUGUGCUGCCAGCAUCCACUCCAGAUGCCAUUUACAGUCGAAACCUUUGUCCAUACCCCCAGGUCCCUGUCUAUCACGGCGGAGAUCCUAAAAAGGCAGAGUCUUUCAACUGCAAGUGA